UUUGCUAAAGUUACCACGCCCAUGAACAGAUCAUCAUGAAGUAGACAGGCAUCAGCGAGCACGUCCAUCAACUUCUUAAAAAAAUAUUACGCAUGAAGAGCACCACGCAAAUUGGAAGUUAAAGGUAGACACUUGUUAGAGAGAUAUUGAGAAAUUAUAGAGAGAGAAAGUGAUGUCUAUCCCUCCCCCGAACAGACAGAAAGCAUUGCCAAGCUGUUAAUAUUUUGUUUUGAUAUUCAUUGUUUCCAUAAAGCAACGCUCGGAGAAUCUUGGCCCAAAUCUUUCACAGUUAGACAAAGAAAGGAUAAACAUGGGUCAUCCGUCUUUCACAAUUAUAUUUGUUUGAUUUUGCCUUUUGAUUUUCCUGUGUUUGCUUGGGAAGAAAAUGCUUGCCUUGAUAAGGGAUCCCAAAUCCAUCCACGCACAACCACACGUACACAAAUAUUAGCCCACUUCGGAGAAGGCUCCAGACAAACCCGCAGAGUUCCAGCAUCAAACUAAACAACCAAAUGGGAAGCAGCUCUGUGCAUGUCAAAGAGGCCGCCAUCGUUACCCCGUGUGAGCCAACUCCAGCUUGUGUCCUAACGCUCUCAUCUAUUGAUUCCCAGCUCUUCCUUCGCUUCACCAUCGAGUAUCUAUUGGUCUACCGGGCUGGCCCGGGUUUGGACCAUGGUGUGACCGCGUCUCGUCUUAAGGCUGCGCUAGCAAAAGCCUUGGUGCCAUACUAUCCUUUAGCCGGAAGAGUCAGGGCUAAGCGCGAUGGUUCGAGCCUCGAGGUGGUGUGCCGAGCCCAGGGUGCGUUAUUCAUUGAGGCCAUCUCUGAUAGACACACAAUUAUCGACUUUGAAACAGCUCCAAAGUAUGUCAACCAGCAGAGGAAGCUAUUGUCCCUCCAUGUGGCGGAUGUUCUCAAAGGGGCCCCACCUCUUGUUGUCCAGCUGACGUGGCUGAAGGACGGAGCAGCGGCGUUGGGUGUUGGAAUCAACCAUUGUCUCUGCGAUGGAAUUGGUAGUGCCGAGUUUCUCAACUCGCUCGCUGAGUUGGCUUCUGGGAAACGCGGACUUGCCGAACUAAAACCGAUGCCUGUCUGGGAACGCCAGCUUCUCGACCCACUACUCGUAAGGCCUCCAUGCGAUAACUCGAUGACUCACCACGAGUUCAACCGCGUCCCUGACCUAUGUGGGUUUCUGGAUCGCUUCUCCAACGAAAGGCUUGCACCCACUUCAAUCACCUUCAAUGAAAGGUCUCUGAACGAGCUCAAGAAUCUCGCUAUAACUUCGUCGAGUCGACCCACGGAGUCAUCCUACACUUCGUUCGAGGUUCUUUCAGCGCACGUCUGGAGGAGCUGGGCGAAAGCACUGAACUUACCUUCAAACCAAAUUUUGAAGAUCCUGUUCAGUGUCAACUUUCGUGAUAGAGUCAAGCCGAGUCUACCCAGUGGAUACUACGGCAACGCGUUUGUGCUAGGUUGUGCGCAAACCAGCGUUAAAGAUCUGGUUGAAAAGGGUUUAGGCUACGCCACAGCGUUGGUUAAAAACGCCAAAGAUCGAGUGGACACCGAGUACGUAAGAAGUGUGGCGGAAUCGGUGACCGAGUCUAUGGCAUGUCCUGACUCGGUAGGCGUACUCAUUGUGUCACAAUGGUCAAGGCUAGGGUUAGAUAAGGUUGACUUUGGGAUGGGAAGGCCAAAUCACGUAGGACCCAUUUGCUGUGAUAGGUAUUGCCUGAUUUUGCCUGUCGUUGAUCAGAGGGACACUGUGAAGGUGAUGGUAGCAGUCCCCAACAGUGCCUUCGACAAGUACAUUUAUUUUGUCAGGAGUCCAUACUCGUGAGGGCUACUAGAUUUUUAUUUUAUGCAUUGACUUUUGUAAUUACCUGGCCAAUAAAUAAAGAGAAAAUAUUGAGAACA